GGAAAAAAAAUACAUUUUCUUUCUAGUUAACUUGGAUCUCUCAAUUCAUCUACCCACAUCUUUGAAUUCAUGCAUACAAUAAAAAAAAUCAUCACUUUACAUUGAAAUCGUCAAAAUUAUAAUAAUAAAAAAUAAAAAAAAGAGGAAAAUGCAUUAAAAUUAUUUGUUUAUUUGCUUCGAUUUGAUAUUUUCUUUUCAUUCUCCUUGGAUCUUCAUCCUGUUCUUCAAUUCCUUUCUUUCCAAAAUUAAAUCUUUCUGAAAAAAAAUAGUUUCUGGUAAUUUUUCUCUGAUUCUUGAAGAGCUUCAAAUUCUGUGGAUGCAAUUUGAAGGUAGAAAGAUCUUAUUUUGAGCCUCACCCUCAAUUACUGGCUUCAAAUUCAAUUCUGGGUCGGUUUCAAUUUCUUCAAAAAAGCCUCAAAACAGUGAGAUUCACUUCGUUGCAGUGUGUUCCUUUCUAAGGUUAGUUUUGAUUUUGAUUGUUGUGGGGUUGUUGGGAAGUGUGUGAAGGUUGUGGUAAUGAAGUGUGUGACAAGGAAAUGGAGGUUAGAUCAGAGGGUUUUCAAGUGAUGUAUGAUAAGCUUCAUGCUCCUGUGAUUCAAAGGAGCCGUUUUCGUUUUUGGUUCAUUCGAGUUUGUUCAAGCAUUGUUCUGUGGACAUGUUUGGUUCAGCUUGUGACAGUGAGUGAACUAUGGAAUUCCAAUUUCUUUACUGGUUUAACAAGUCAUAUAUAUCACACAACGCAACGGCCUAUUCAAGACGAUGUUAAACUUACCGAAUCACCUCACAUUAUACUUCCUGCAAGAAAUUAUACUAGUAAUGGUUUUCUAAGAGUAUCGUGCAAUGGGGGUUUGAAUCAAAUGCGUGCAGCGAUUUGUGACAUGGUGACAGUUGCUCGGCUUUUGAACCUCACAUUGGUUGUUCCAGAGCUUGAUAAGAAAUCCUUUUGGGCAGACCAUAGCGGCUUUGAGGAAAUAUUUGAUGUAAAGCAUUUCAUUGAUUCUUUACAAGAUGAAGUUCGAAUAGUGAAAAGAGUUCCCAAAAAGUUUAGUAGGAAAGGUGGAUACUCCACCAUGGCGAUGCCUCCUGUUAGCUGGUCAAAUGAAAAGUAUUACUUGGAGCAGAUUCUUCCGCUUUUUGCCAAGCACAAGGUGGUACACUUCAAUAAAACAGAUGCACGCCUAGCAAAUAAUGGUCUCCCAAUUGAUAUGCAGAAACUUAGGUGUCGUGUUAAUUACCAGGCACUUAAGUUCACUCCUCAAAUUGAGAAACUGGGGCAAAAAUUGAUUCAGAUGCUUCACGAGAGGGGACCUUUUGUGGCAUUGCAUCUGAGAUAUGAGAUGGACAUGCUGGCUUUCUCAGGUUGUACUCGUGGCUGCACGAAUGAGGAAGCCGAGGAUCUCAAACGGAUGAGAUAUGCAUUCCCUUCAUGGAGAGAGAAGGAAAUAGUGUCCGAAGAAAGGAGAUCACAGGGUCUAUGUCCUUUGACUCCAGAGGAGACAGCUCUAGUUUUGCAAGCCUUAGGUUUUGACCGGGAGACACAGAUCUACAUUGCAGCCGGUGAGAUCUAUGGCGGUGAACGUAGACUUGCACAACUGAGAGCUGCAUUUCCAAAUAUUGUUAGAAAGGAGGCAUUACUAGCCGUUGAUGAGUUGCAGCAGUUCCAAAAUCAUUCAUCACAAAUGGCAGCAUUGGACUUUAUGGUUUCAGUAGCCAGUGACACCUUCAUUCCUACCUAUGACGGGAACAUGGCAAAACUUGUGGAAGGUCACCGCAGGUAUAGUGGUUUUAAAAAAUCCAUCUUAUUGGACCGGAAAAAGCUUGUACAGUUGAUUGAUAUGCAUCAAAAUAGAACCCUUCCUUGGAAUGAGUUUGCAGAUGCUGUGCGACAGGCUCACGAAAAGAGAAUGGGACAGCCAAGUUAUCGUAGAGUUAUAGCCGACAAGCCAAAGGAGGAGGAUUAUUUCUAUGCCAACCCUCACGAAUGCCUUUGUGAGGAAACAAAGUGUGAUGAUUUUCUAGGUCCUCAUAACUCUCUUCAAGUAAAAUGAGUAAAAGUUGUUGAAUAUAGAAAAUAUGCACUCUUAGCCCAACCAUAUAGAGAUUUAUGUAUACACAACUUUGUAGAAAACCACGGGGAAGAAAAAAAAUCGGAAAAAAAAGGAAACAUGUUUUAUAUAGAGACUUGUAAAGAUGUAUCUUCAAUUUUACCCCUAAUUCAGUAUAGUUGUAUAAUAACAGUUUAUGUCACAAUCUUGGAUUUGAAGCAUGAACUCUAAAGUUCAUUUUCUCUGUAAUAACAACGGUCAACUGCUUUAUAAA